AUGCCUAAUAAAUUUAGGGAACACGUCAAGGGGUGUGGCACGUUUAUUGAUCUGUAUGUUGUAGGACCCAAGGAAUCGAGGAUAGAAGCAGCAAAGAACAAUCAGGAUGAAGCUGUUUCGUCUAUUGCUAUUGAUGUUGAUGAUGAAGAGGACCAAGAUGAAACAAGGGACGACUAUGGAAACGAUAAUGAUGAUAAUGACAAUGACGAUAAUACCGACCGAAAGGACGCGAAUAAUGAUAAUGACAAAGCCAAAAACAAUGUACAACCGCAAAAGAAUCAAAUUUCGACCGAUACCAUCAACAAACUUCAAGACGAAACGGCUUUACCGUCUGACUAUCGUUCUUCUUUCAAUCUAAUCUCCUCCCAUCCAAUUUCUGUUCCUGCACUAUAUCCGUCUCUUACUCCUACACCUACACCUACUCCUUUCCUUCUCCGUCUCCGUCUCUUACUCUUACACCCAAUCGUCUUGAGACUGCUUCGGAAACAGCAUCUUCCGUUGCUAGGAUUGGUGUUGAAGACGAGACAGUAUGGCGACGACAACGAUUCGGUGGAUGCUCGUCAAAAGAAUUUGCUAAACCAGCAACUGGGUUGGGGAGCCAUUGUCAAAGCACUUGGCCGUAACUGGCAAGGCUUGAUUGGAUGGCAUUACAUUGACGGAGCCAUAAACUCCAAGAUUAUCCUGGAAGAGUUGAUUCGGUAUUAUUAUAGAGGAUUUCAGUACUUGAAGUGGAUGAUGAUUGGCACGAGAAAGUUGUUUACAGAAGGAGGAAACUACAGUGCGCAAGAGCGUGGGUUGAAUCCGCUGGAGCAAAGGGUCAGCGUCGUCAAUUAUGCGCGAAGUACUGCUCGGUAUUUGAUGUUUUUAUUACGACGACCAAAUUGUCAAAAGAAUGGCCAUGUACGAUCCCAUUUGGAACGGAUGUGCAGAAUCGUUUCGGCUGAAGCUGAAGCUGAAGCUAAAGCGAAACAAGGCGGUGGUCGAAAACGAAAAAGAGAUGAAUCACACCUAGGAAAAGAAGCAACAGUCGAAGACGAAGAUGCCAAAGUCUCUGAAUGGAUUGAUACCGCUAUUGGCGAUGAUGAUAAUGACAAUGAUAAUGAUAAUGACAUUAUCAUGAUGGAGGAAGAAGCGUUGGAUGAGAAGUUGGAGCAACAGAGACAAGAGGAAGAAGCUGCUGGUAUACAGAAAGACCAAAACAAUGACCGAGGGCAACAGGACGGUGACGACGUUGACGACGACGUUGACGAGAAGGAAGAAAGAAGAGGGUUCUACUUUCGAAAGGAUGAAGCGUAUUCUGAAUUGCACGAGGCAUUAAAGUUGGCUUUUCUACGACAGUACGAAUUCUCGGAAAGUAUCCGCGACACAGAAAUCGUCAAGUUCUUGGCAUGCUUGUCUCUGCGUGACGAUGGAACGUCAAGGUAUGCGUAUGAAAUUUCGUCGUUCUUUGCUCCCUUGAUUUAUACGUGUCGUUUGGUCGCUGCCAGUGAAUUGCAACGGUUGGUUGAGGAAGGAAAAGUCACACUGUCUUCUAUACCCGAGUUUCAUACGGCUGGUUCCUUUGCAUACACACACGUGUUUCGCUAUAUAUCUCUGGGCAAAAGGAAUAUCUACGACAUUCUGUAUGAAACCAACAAAAUCGUACGUGAUGUGACUAGGACGGAGGGGUAUGCGAAUACCUUGGAAGGUCUGAACCCGUCAAGGGUGUUGUUUCGACCGGCGUUCAAUUCCAAAUAUACGAUUGUUGGGAGCCAUAUCAACAAUAUGGUUGUCUUGGACCUAAGUGAUCUGAGCCAUCUGUAUGAAAGCAUGUUUUCAAGGUUGCAAUUGCUCUUGGAGGAAUUAUGCUUUGGUGUGGAUAUGGAAAAGCUACUACCGAGUUCUUUGUUACAGUCAGUUGGUGACGAUAUUAACAAUAGCAAGCUAGGGUAUUCCUUUUUCAAAGAAUCCGUAGACAUUCGGAUGACAAGAAGUGUGCUGUUGCGAACGGUUUUGAAGAAUGAUGAACUUCGACAUCGAUUUUUGCCGCUUGUUUCCAGGGACGAUUUUUACGAUUAUUUUGAAGAGCUUGUCCAAGUGAACAAAAAGAAAAGCCAGAAUGGCACCCAAGAGCAAGACUGGACCGAUAAAGAGAAAGAGAAAGAGAAAAAGAAAGGCUCGAGGAUAGAGAAAAAGAACGACAUGUCGUGGAUGGAUGACUUUGACGCAGUCUUCAAAAAAGAUUUGAAAUGGUCAAAGACAUCGAUUCUGAAUUAUGAAACAAAGGCGACCAAGUUCAAUGAGCUGUUGUUUUGCUUGGUCUAUAUUUCGGCUGGACAACCGGCGAGAGCAAAAGAAAUGGUACAUUGGACGCUGAAGAAUUCAAAGUACAAAGCACGAGAGCUGUACUUGAUGUUUGGUCGUUUGAUGAUUUACAGCCGGUACGACAAGACGAGAAACAUGAAGUUUGCGGAAAAGCCAAUCCCUCGAUUCCUCCCAGAGUCUCUGUCAACAUUGGCCCUUCGAUACUAUGCACUAGUACGUCCGUUUCAAGCAUUCUUGAGCUCUGUGAAAACAGGAAACAAACAAGCAGCUGCUGUUUAUACGAAUGCUAUGUUUGUUGUGAAUGGUGGGAAACGUUUGGAUAGUGGGAUGCCUUAUCGAAUAUUUCCAAAGGUGACAUAUGAAUGCCUUGGAAAGCCGUUGGGAUUUCGAAAUUACCGACAUAUUGCUCAUUACUUUAAAGAAAGAAAUUUAGAGGAAGACAUGAGCAAAAAUUCGUAUUUUGAUCUACAAGCCGGGCAUACUCGAAGUACAGCGCUUCUCAUCUAUGGACGCACGAUGGACAAGUUGCAUUAUUUGCCAGCGGAUUACUUUGCGAAUUUUUUUCGAGCAAGUUUUCAAUGGCAAGAGCUGCUAAGAAUCAAAGACAACUCUGCACAUGGUCUCUUGGUUGAACAAUGUAAUCCAAUCCUAAAAGAAAUUCGCGAGUCGACGAAAGAACUAAAGAGCAUGAUACAAAGUGGUAAACAAGCGGUUGAAGAAGAAGGUAAAGAAAAACAAAAGGGAGAAGAAAAGUCGCCAAAGCAAAAAGUGUGUGUUUCUUGUUUUUCGGCAACAACAACAACAACAGCAACAGCAACAGCAACAGCAACGAAGGAACAACCUUCGUGGUCGGAUACUGGCUCUCGUGGGAUUCCUCCUUCACAGAUCUACGUUCAACUUUGCCGUUGGGCAUUAGCCCAAUUCUGUGGACUGAGUGCAAAGUUUCGGUCCAAGAAACAAUUUCAUUCAGUUUAUUUUUCUGUGCAAGGUCAGAAGAAUCUGAUUAUUGUUCUUCCUACAGCAUCGGGUAAGUCAUUAUCAUUUCUGUUGCCAGCCUUGAUUGAUAAAACCAUUCGACCAAACAAUACCACAUUGGUUGUUGUACCCGCGAUAUCCUUACGUGAGGACAUGAUGCGAAGAGUUAACGAAACAGGACUUGUCGAAUGCACGAAUACUUGGACUCAGUACAGGAACCAACCCGUGACUCCGUCGUUAAAACUGCCCGACCUGUUUAUCCUUACGUACGAGUCUGCACUGUCCAAUUCUGCAUUGGCUUUCUUUGAGAGUCUUGGCGUUGCUGGUCGCUUAGCUCGUGUUGUUGUGGACGAAGCCCAUAGUCUGUUGACGGAUAGUACUUGGAGAAACACUUUGCUACAGGCACCAAGGUUGUCGGCAUUGUUUGCGCCGAUUCAUCUGUUGAGCGGAACGUUUCCACGACCGCUGGAGACUCGUGCUAGCAAAACUUUUGGUGCUACGUUUACCGUUGUGAGAGACAUAUCGACAGCGCGACAGAAUCUAUUGUAUCUUUUACGUCCGCUAGUGGCUAAUGCGUUUUUGAACGAGUUGAGUGUCUUGAUGCAAAGAGCUAGUGUCUAUGAGGGCGAUGGUCGUGUGAUUGUGUUUUGCCAAAAAAGCACGAAGUGGAAUACCUGCAACGAAAGAUUCAACGGUCGGAUCUUUUCCCUUGUACAGAUGCCACGAUUUACACGGGAGAUUUAGAUGAAGCGGAACGAAAAAGUCGUUUGAAAGUUUCGCAACCCGAAUGGUAAGACACGAAUCAUGGUAGCAACCAAGGCGUUUGGUCUUGGGAUCGACUAUGGUGAAGUGCGUCUGGUAGUGCAUUAUGGAUUACCGAACUCGUGUAUGCAGUACGCUCAGGAAACAGGGCGAGCGGGAAGAGAUGGUAAGUAUGCUAUUGCAGCUCUUUUCUACCAGGAACACGAUUCUGUGUGGUCCAAGCAUGUGGACGAGUCGAUGAAGAUGUUUAUGAAGGACAAGACGAUGUGUGUGCGUUCAUACUUUGCAGCAGAGAUGGAUGGGGAUAGUGAUUGUUGUUCUUCAUUUGAGAAUUGUGUAUAUUGUUCUAGGUGUGCACAGAUGUUUCUUGGUGAGUCAGCAAUGAUAAAUAUUCAUGGAUCAAACUUGGGGAACGGAGGAAAUCGUACGAUCGAUGGAAGUACUAGCGAAAAUGCUCGUACAGCAUAUAGUUUCUCACCAAACAUGGGCGUGAGCAUGAGUAAGGGCAAUGGCAACGGCAACGGCAACGGCAACGGCAAGGACGAACGUAACUUUUCGACGCCAAAGUCAAAGUCAAUAAAACUCUAUUAUGCAUUCGCCAACGUUGAAAAGAAUUAUAUUUUGGAUAAGCCUGCCCAUGACAAACUUGCAAAGGACGGUAAUUCUCCAAAGGUGGAUGAUGAGUAUCGUGUUCACUCGCCGUAUAUGUCGUUUCAGAAGCGGCUCGCUGCUUGGGACAAAGAUUCGCCCGUCAAGAGAAACAAAAGCGCUGGUAUGGCGACGUUGAGAAAGCCUGGUGGAUAUGUUGGAGUUGAUAAUGAAGAAGAUGAUGAUGAUGAUGUUGAGCAACAAUUGCAGCGCAAGAGAUUGUUGGAGUAUAAGAGUCGUGUUCAAGAUGUCAAUCAACAGUUGAUGGAUGAGAAUGCGAUAUCAGCGUCAGUUGCUGAAUUCUUUGGGGUAUCGAAAGACGACUGUUUGUUUUGCUUGAUUAUGGAUCCUGAUUCAAAACUCAAACAGCAUCAACCGGGCAGAUGCCCGAUUGAGAGGAGUGCAUGUUUCAAGUGCCGUAAAACGGAUCAUGGAAGAGCCCAUUGCAAGAUGGAUGUUCAGUUUAAGGGAGUAUGUAAGUAUUGUGGAUUAACGAUCCAUGAACAUGAUUCUGGUGACUUGGGAUACACCCCGGAAUGUCGUUCUUGGGCAAGAAUCGAUUGA